AUGGAUAAUUCUAGAUACUUCUCUGAGAGUAACAUAUCUAGCGUACUUAUUAUCCCUCACGCAGUACUAAGCGUGAUUGCUACUGUAUUUAUCGUCUUGCGAGUAUGGACCUCAAGAUACAUUACAAAAACACCAUCUACUGUCGAUGAGUGGGUGUCUAUAGCAGCUUUGUUGAUCAAUCAUGCCCUCCUUAUUUCUGAAGGCGUUUGUUUGUGUUUCUCUGGUCUCCUUGGCUUUUACCUACUGACCCGCUCUUUAGGUGUGCAUUAUGGGUAUGGACAGAAUAUCAUCAAAGUUAUGAAAGAAUACGGCGGUCCCUCGGACUUUCUCAGGACUUUCAUUGCCUGCGAAAUAACAUAUGGACUCUCCUGUGCCGUAUCCAAGAUAGCAGUGCUUACCAUGUACUACCGUAUCUUUUCAACUUCAAGGCUGCUUCGCUACUCUACGUGGGUAAUGUCUGCUAUGAUUGCUUCAUGGGGAGUCGCUGUCGUCUUCGUCAGCAUCUUUUCAUGCAACCCGAUUCGAGGCUUUUGGGACAAGACUAUAGCAAGCAGAUGCAUCGAUACCAAUAAGUUUUAUGUUGGAAUCACUAUUCCCAACAUAAUGUUCGAUUUUGCCACGGUGGCACUACCUGUCUGCGAGGUCUGGAAAUUGCAGAUGCGAAGAGAGAAGAAAUGGGCUAUAACCAGCAUAUUCUUGCUCGGUGGAAGUGUUGUACUUGCGUCAAUCGCACGUCUGGUACUCUUCCUGAUCUACCAAACCUCGCAAAACCCUACCCAAACUAUCAUCUUCGGUCACCUAGCAUCAUCUUCUGAAGUAUGUCUUGCUAUUAUUGGCGCCUGCCUACCUUCAUGUGCACCGCUACUCAAGCAGUGGCUUCAGAGAUUUGUGUCUACGGUGCAAGAUGACAGGAACAGCACAUCGGACAAGGGCAACAAAGCUACACUGGUGACUAUAGGCCAGAAGCGUAGUCGUGGCCAUGUCAGCGUGAAUGCCAAACGGGAUAACGAUCAAGGUUCUUUCGAGCGUCUUGAUGAUAAUGGGAGCUUCCAGGGUUCAACCGACGGCUUGUAUACGGAUGGAGCUCGCUCUCCUAUAGGUAAUGGCAAAUCUGGAGCGUGGAAUCAAGUACAUAUUCGCUGUCGUUUUAUUGCUGUUGCGACGCUUAUUGGCAGCUAUGUUGCUAGCCCCUGCAAGCCUCACGCGUCGUUUAGUACAACCACGAUUGCCACGUUUAGCACCAUUGAAGCCACAUUAACUACCGAUACUACUGAUUCCUGGAACGCCAUCGAAACCACUACAGUCUUCGCAGACACCACAACGAUUGGCACUCAUGAGGCCUCUACUUGGUCUACUGAGGUCCUAACCUUUGAGUCCACGACCACCGUUGAACCCACAACUACCACAGCUGCAAUCGAAACUACGAACACUGUUGAACCCACAGCUAGCACCGAAACCACGAAAAAUGUAGAACUCACGACUACUACAACCGCCGUCGAUGCCCCUACGCCCCUCGCAACGUUCACCCUCAAGGUUAGCAACUCAGUCUAA